AUGGACGGACGUGCAUUCUGGAAUCGGACCUCUCAACGAGUUCUUCUCAAUGAAUCUUGGGACAAUGAGUGCAAUGACCCUGAUCAUGUUUAUUAUAAUUUUGUCUAUCUAACAGAGACCACUAUUUUACCUUCUCUCAUUGGAUUCCUCUGUUCAACGGGGCUUGUAGGAAACAUUCUGGUGUUGGUGACUAUCCUAAGGACCACAAAGAAGACAGUCCCAGACGUAUACAUCUGUAACCUGGCCGUGGCUGAUGUGGUCCAUGUGACGGUCAUGCCCUUCCUGAUCCACCAGUGGGCGCGUGGGGGGCACUGGGUGUUUGGCAGCACCCUCUGCACCAUCAUUACCUCCCUGGACAACUGCAAUCAGGUGGCCUGUGCAGCCGUCAUGACCGCUGUCAGCCUGGACAGGUACCUGGCGGUGGUGCACCCGUUCCGUCUGAUGACCCUCCGAACCCGCUCUAAGACCAUCUGGAUCAACCUGUUUGUGUGGGUGGUGUCAUUUGUCAUGGUCCUUCCCGUCUGGGUCCACUCCAAAGUCAUUCGCUUCCCUGAUGGACUGGAGAGCUGCUCCAUGAACCUGGUCACUCCCAAAGAGGUGCUCUGGUACACCCUCUAUCAGACCAUCACAUCUUUCUUUCUGCCCCUGCCCCUUAUCCUCACCUGUUACAUGCUGAUCCUGUGCUAUACCUGGAGGAUGUACCUGAAGAACAAGAGGGAAUGGCGUGCUAACAACCAAUCCCGGGUGCGAGCCAUCCGCCUCACCAAGAUGGUUCUGGUCCUAGUGGCAGUUUUCCUGUUGAGCGUAGGGCCCUACCACAUGCUCCAGCUGGUCAACUUAACAGUGCGGCAGCCCACGCUAGCCUACUACACCUGCUACUACCUGUCAGUGUGCCUCAGCUACGCCGCCAGCAGCAUUAACCCUUUCAUCUACAUCCUGCUCAGCGGACACUUCUGUCGCCGGCUCACUUACCGCAAGCCUGCUAGCAGGCCUAGUGUUGAGAGGGAGCCUAGUGGGCCCCAGGUCUGUACACCACACUCCAGCUUCUGACAGUCUUGUCCUCAA